AUGGAACACGACGACAGGAACGGCGACACGAACGAAUUGAGGGCCGGCCUAUCGUUGUCAGCUGGACGGAAUGGAUCUCUUCCUCGAUCAGCAGCUGCAUAUCCAGAUGGAUCAGCCAUCCUACCAGCCAGAUCAGCUCGAAAUGGAUCAGCUCACCGGAAUGAAUGCAAGAAAGCAAUCCGUUUCAAAACGGACGAUACAACAACAACCAAUAUGACUAUCGAAUUCAACUGA